AUAUUCUCAAGAGUUUCGGGUCGGGUCGAUUGUCAGAGUUUAUCUUCUUCUUCUUCGGUUCUUCCCCAUAACGGCCAGUUUUGUUUUCGUAUUGGGCAAAGAGGUGUUUGAAAGCGUUCACCGAGUUAUUGGUGGGGCAACUCAGAUGAGUCAGUUCGCGGGUGGUUCGCGAACCGAGUCAACUCAUCAUCGUCUCUACGAGUUUGCUAAGUCUGCCCUUAUCAAGAUCUUCGUUCACCCCUACGCCACGGUAUGUGAUUUGUAUUGUGGAGGAGGAGUGGACGCAGAGAAGUGGGAUGAAGCUCAAAUUGGUCACUACAUUGGAAUUGAUGCUUCAUCUUCUGGAAUAAACCAGAUAAAAGAAGCAUGGGAGAGCCAGAGGAAGGCUUACACUGCUGAGUUUUUUGAGGUUGACCCUUGCAUGGAAGAUAUAGAAAUGCAUUUGCAGGAGAAGAGCAAUAUGGCUGAUUUAGUUUGCUGCUUACAAGACUUGCAGCUAUGUUUCCAAACUGAGGAGAGAGCAAGGAGACUUCUUCAGAAUGUGUCAUUAUUGUUGAAACCUGGGGGUUAUUUUUUCGGUAUUACUCCUGACUCAUCUACAAUAUGGGCAAAGUACCAAAAGAAUGUGGAAGCCUACCACAACAGGAGUAGUGGCAUGAAGCCUAACAUUGUGCCCAAUUGCAUUCGAUCAGAAAGCUACAUGAUCACUUUUGAAGUUGAGGAAGAAAAGUUCCCAUUAUUUGGAAAGAAAUACCAGCUAAAAUUCACAAAUGAUAACUCUGCUGAGACACGUUGCUUGGUUCAUUUCCCAAGCUUCAUCAGGUUGGCCCGAGAAGCUGGUCUUGAGUAUGUGGAAAUUCAAAACUUAACUGAGUUUUAUGACGAUAAUAGGGCGCAAUUUGCAGGCAUGCUAAUUAAUUCUGGUCCCAACCUGGUUGAUCCUAGAGGGAGACUUCUUCCUAGAUCAUAUGAUAUUCUAGGUCUGUAUACCACAUUUAUAUUCCAAAAACCUGACCCAGAUAUUGCUCCUCCUCUUAUGACCCCAUUAUUACAGGAUACAACUUUCAGUCAUGAUGAGGUGUUGCCAAAAGAAUGGCAGGGGAAUGGUUGGAGAGACGAAGAAAAGACCGUGCAUGUGGAACCGCCUGUGGGGCUAGGCAAGAUUAGUGAACAAAAAGGAAUUUUGGGUCCUGGUCCUGCAGAAUUGCGUUUCCCUGAGGCACUUUGAUGGUUUAUUCAUGUCUGGACGAGAAAUAUGACAAUUCGUGUCUUUAGCAGACUCUUUCCUCAUUACAAUUAUUAUUACUAUUAAUUUUAAUCAAAUAUUAUUAUGUUGUAUCUUCAAUGGAGGCAUGUGUUAGUUGUACUUAUAAUGAAUACAUGUAUUAUUGUUUUUUUCUGAAACGUAGUUAUUAAUGAUUAUGGAUUUUGUAUUUGAUACAUA